CCGAGUGGGUGGGUCUUUAUGCAGAGGAUGACAGUCAUGUUUUGUUUGAAAGCUUGGAAUCAACAGCAUCGAAACAACACCUCGUCUGAUUCCCUGGCUCCUGUCUGUCCAUUUACCCGCCGCUGUAAUACCCGAAAUCCCACGCUGAAAUGGAAGAAACGAGCCCCCUCGUCUCUCCUCUCCAGCACUCCAUUGAUUACAACUACUGCCAGAGCGAAGCCACCAGUCCAAUAACUCCGGGUUCUGUGGUGCGAGUGUCGGCUGGGAGCCCUGGACGCAGCCGGGAGAGACAGACGCUUUUGGUCAGGGACAGAGGGAACUCUCCGCGGGAUCCACACAGGAAUGAGUUUCCAGACGACCCAGAGUUUCGGGAGAUCGUGAGGAAAGCAGAACAAGCCAUAGAAGAAGAGAUCUUUCCAGAGAUCAUCUGCCAAGGAUCUAGUGGUAGUUACUUCGUGAAAGACUCUCAAGGGAACGUAAUCGGUGUGUUCAAGCCUAGGAACGAGGAGCCGUAUGGUCAGCUAAACCCAAAGUGGACCAAGUGGCUCCAGAAGCUGUGUUGUCCCUGUUGCUUCGGACGGGACUGUCUGGUCCUGAACCAGGGACAUCUGUCUGAGGCCGGGGCCAGUCUGGUGGACCAGAAACUACAGCUCAAUAUCGUGCCCCAGACCAAGGUGGUGUACCUGGCCAGUGAUACGUUUAACUACAAUGCUAUAGACAGAGUCAAGUCUCGGGGAAAGAGGCUAGCUCUGGAGAAAGUUCCCAAAGUUGGACAGCGCUUCAACAGAAUAGGCCUCCCUCCUAAGGUGGGAUCAUUCCAGUUGUUUGUGGAGGGCUACAAAGACGCAGACUAUUGGCUAAAGCGGUUUGAGGCAGAGCCUCUUCCAGAGAACACCAAUCGGCAGCUGCAGCUUCAGUUCGAGAGACUGGUGGUCCUCGACUAUAUAAUCAGGAACACAGAUCGGGGGAAUGACAACUGGCUUUUAAAAUACGACUGUCCAAUGGACAUAGAAAGAAACCGGGAGACAGACUGGGUGGUGGUAAAAGAGCCUAUUAUCAGACUGGCAGCCAUAGACAAUGGUCUUGCCUUCCCAAUCAAACACCCUGACUCCUGGAGAGCCUAUCCAUUCUACUGGGCGUGGUUAUCUCAGGCUAGGGUUCCUUUCUCUGAGGAGAUUAGGGACUUGGUUCUGCCGAAACUGACCGACCCCACCUUCAUCAAAGACCUGGAGGAAGACCUCUACCAACUCUUUAAGAAGGAUCCAGGGUUUGACAGAGGACAGUUCCACAAACAGAUAGCUGUGAUGAGAGGACAGAUUUUGAACCUGAGCCAGGCCCUGAAGGAGCGUAAGACCCCCCUACAACUGGUGCAGAUGCCCCCAGUCAUAGUGGAGACAGCCAGAGCACCACAGAGAGCCAACAGUGAGUCCUACACACAGAGCUUCCAGAGCAGGAAACCCUUCUUUACCUGGUGGUAGAGGAGGAGGCCAAGUAGAAGAGGAGGUAAGAGAGGGAGAGACUUGAGAUGGAGGAAGACUGUAUAGCACUGGAGCAGAAAGAGAGGAUAGUGAGAAGCGAGACAGAUGAAGAGGGAAGAGUAGGGAGGAAGAAUGGACCAGAUUGAGAGACUGGAGAUGGAGGAAGACUGUAUAGCACUGGAGCAGAAAGAGAGGAUAGUGAGAAGCGAGACAGAUGAAGAGGGAAGAGUAGGGAGGAAGAAUGGACCAGAUUGAGAGACUGGAGAUGGAGGAAGACUGUAUAGCACUGGAGCAGAAAGAGAGGAUAGUGAGAAGCGAGACAGAUGAAGAGGGAAGAGUAGGGAGGAAGAAUGGGCCAGAUUGAGAGACUGGAGAUGGAGGAAGACUGUAUAGCACUGGAGCAGAAAGAGAGGAUAGUGAGAAGCGAGACAGAUGAAGAGGGAAGAGUAGGGAGGAAGAAUGGACCAGAUUGAGAGACUGGAGAUGGAGGAAGAAAACCUCUGCCUUACUUCAGUUUCAUCAGCCAGUAAAGCUCUUCCCUGCUCAUAACCAAUAGGAAGUCAGAUAUGUUUCUACCUUCCCUGGAACCCAUCAGAGACAGUUGUGCUGUAACUACAGACAUAAGAGCGAGAGAGUAGUGUCAAAAUUCAGAACGAAUGUAGCUUACGAAUGAUAUUUUUAAAUAAAUAUAAAGGGGUAAAGAAUGGUAUGUUAAGACAGUUGGGUAGCCCUGCACUGGUAGUUGGCUGAAAGAGAUGAUUAUAAAGACCCAAAACUGUGAAAGACUCCCACUGUGGUUAGGUUCCCAUUGCCAAUUGAUGGUUGUAUUUAUUGUAACCAGUCACUGAAGGAGAAUGCUGAAGAAGUCUUUUUUUCUAUCAUUGCAAAAUGUCAACAUAUGGUAGUCCAAUCAAAUUCAAGUGCACAGAAUAUCUUUUUACCUAAGGUUAAACAUUUCAGCCCCAACGGGUCACUUUCCUUACCAAAUUACAGCCUUCUAGCAUCUCUUAUGGCCUCUGAAGCAUGACAUUACCAUGAACAGUAUGGCCUGUAGCUAGCAAGCAGAGAAGUCAAGUGUCCUGAUAUUCGUAGCUAUAAUCUUUAUGGUCUGUUAGGGUUGCAACAUUACAGUAACUUUCUCAAAGGUUUUUCAGAAAUCCUGGUUGGAAAAUGUCCUGCUUUUACCCUUCUGAUUCCAGGAGUUUUCCAACCAGAAAACCUAGGAAUGUUGUGAAAGUUACUGUAAUUUUGCAAUCCUAUGGUGGUAUGUAUGCUUGUAUGCUGUGGUCAGACAUUCAGCAUUUGGGCCUUAUUUGAAUGAGUGUCUUCCUUUGACCCAGAAGAGCCUGCCCACAGGAGGUUGGUGGCACCUUAAUUGGGGAGGACGGGCUGGUGGUAAUGGCCAGAGCGGAAUGGUAUCAAAUACAUUAAAUAAAAUGUUUCCAUGUGUUUGAUGCCAUUCCAUUCACUCCAUUCCAGACAUUAUUAUGAGCCGUUCUCCCCUCAGCAACCUCCACUGAGCCUGACUGAAGUAGCCUGGUUAAACCAGAAUGAACGCAGCACUCACCAUUGUUUCACUUCAUGAGUGCCGUGUUAAAUAUGGGUUAACCAGGCUAUGAUAGAAGGGCCACGUUACAGGUGGUACUAACUACUCAUACUGGGAUUGAAGUUUGUACUGCAGAUUGUACUGGGCCAUGUUCAUUAGGGCAAACCGUGGGAAAAUGUUUUGCAACAGAAAACAAAAAUAAGCAUGUCUUAUUGGACUAGGCCAGAUGGUACCUUCUGAUUUCACUCCUUUUUGGACACUUUUUGUCCAUUUCGUGCCUACUGAACAUAAACCAGGUAACAGUGCCUGUUGUGUUAUGGGCAUCUGCAUGUGAUGGCAGCCCUGUGGCGCCACCUAUGGGAUGACUGCAAUGUACUGUCUCAGAAACGCACAUUGCCUGUUUCCUCACAUCUUGUUUAUUUAAAUGUACAUUUCCUGCUAUAGUAACCAAACUGUCCUACUAAUGUAUUGUAUUGACAAAUCACAGGAGGUUGGUGGCACCUUAAUUGGGGAGGGGCUUGUGGUAAUGGAUGGAGUGGAAUGGGAUUGUAUUAAAGACAUGGUUUCCAUGCGUUUGCCAUUUCAUUUACUCCGUUCCAGCCAUUAUGAGCUGUCCUCCCCUUCGCAGCCUCCACUGAUACGAUUUGUACUGUAUGUAAAGAAUGAAAUGCAUAAAGAAUUGCACUAUUCCAUUA